AUGCGUGCUCAAGAUGGUACAGUUGUAGUUGAGCUCUAUGACGCUCAAAACGCCACUCUAGAGGAGCGCAACCACGACUAUUCAGUUGACGCAGUGUCCAAGGUGUCGUAUGCUUCAUGCCAGGUGGAGGGCAUCUUCGGAAAGGUGUUUGCCUGCAGGAUAGAAAACAAGGCGUCUUUCACCAUUAUUGUCGAACUGAAUUUCGAGGGCAUGGCGCUAUCGCUGUAUACAGUCAGCGCCAACUCAACAUUAUGCGAUAUGGGCUAUAUGAUCUCCGCUACACAUAUCCAGCUGUAUAAGUUCGUGAAGAUGUUUCAUGAAUUGUCUACUGAAAGCGUGAGGUCUCCAACACAUGGCAUGCUCAAGUUCAAGAUCUCACCUGCUGACCAUGUCACGUACUCUGACAUCGACAUCCGCAAGGAUCCGUGCAAGCGUGAGUUGCGAAGAAGGACUGUGAAAAGGUCCUUUAAGGAUAGAAUGAUGCACGAGCCACAAGUGAUGUAA